AUGGGUGGGGAACUUCCAUUUCGCCCCGCUCCCCCAGCUUUACCCCAGCUAGCGGAGCGCCCGGUCGGCCAACGCAUCAACAAGCUCUAUACCGAUCGUCUCAAGCAGUUCACUUCCGAGGGCCAGUACGAGGGCCAGAACCUCAUCUCAAAGUACUACGAAGCCACAAACUCGGACGAAGAGCAUGUCAAGCUCUCUGUGUACUCCGUCCCGAACCUGGAGCGACCGACCUUCGAAGAUGCGAUCUCCCAAGAAUUCAAGCCAACCCACAUCGGCGCCUCGUUCGGCCCCAGCUGGUCGACGCAUUGGUUCCGGAUCCAUCUCACGGUUCCCGAGGAUAUGCUGAAGCGCGAACACCUGGAGUUCCACUGGGAUGCCAAUAAUGAGGGCCUGGUGUGGACGGAGGACGGUCGACCACUGCAGGGUCUGACUGGCGGCGGAGAGAGAACGGAGUUUAUCCUCCCGAAAGAGUGGCUGGAUGGCAAGGAGCACACGUUCUACAUCGAAAUGGCUUGCAAUGGGAUGUUUGGCAAUGCCCCGGGCGGGGAUUCAAUCCAACCACCAAAUCCCGACAAGUAUUUCACGCUUAGCACUGCGCGCAUCACAGCGGUCAAUCUUGCAGCAAGAGCGCUCUUCUACGACUUUUGGAUCAUUGGGGAUGCUGCUCGAGAAUUCCCCGGCGAGUCGUGGGAGGCGCACGAAGCUAACGUCGUGGCGAAUUCGAUGAUCGAUGCCUUCAUUGCCGGCAAUGGAAGUAACGAGUCUAUCAACGAGACACGCAAGCUUGCAAAGAAGUAUCUCGGAGAUAAGGUUGACUCGGCGGAUGUCUAUGACACAGACACGCAGCCAAUUGUCUAUGCAAUCGGCCAUUGUCAUAUCGACACAUGCUGGCUGUGGCCGUGGGCUGAAACGAAGAGAAAAGUGGCGCGCUCAUGGUCAAAUCAGUGUGAUUUGAUGGAGCGCUACCCGGAGCAUCGCUUUGCAUGCUCGCAGGCCCAGCAGUUCAAAUGGCUGAAGCAGUACUACCCUUCCGUCUUUGAUCGCGUGAAGCGCUGGGUGAAGAAAGGCAACUUCCAGCCAAUCGGUGGAAGCUGGGUCGAGCACGAUACCAACAUGCCGAGUGGUGAGUCCCUUGUUCGACAAUUCUUGUACGGGCAGCGGUUCUUCGAAGCCAACUUCGGUAAACGAAGCACCACUUUCUGGUUGCCUGAUACCUUUGGGUACUCCACACAGAUUCCCCAGAUCUCUCGUCUAGCUGGGAUGCCGCGCUUCUUCACCCAGAAGCUCAGCUGGAACAACAUCAACAAUUUCCCGCACACUACGUUCCAAUGGGUGGCCCUUGAUGGCAGUCAAGUGAUGUGCCACAUGGCGCCUUCGGAGACCUACACAGCCGAGGCACACUUCGGUGAUGUUAAGCGCAGCGUAACCCAGCACAAGUCGCUGGAUACGGAAAAGUCAUCCCUACUAGUCUUCGGCAAAGGAGACGGAGGUGGUGGCCCGACGUUCGGCCAUCUCGAGAAGCUCCGCCGAUGCCGUGGUCUCAGUGAUCAGGUCGGCUCACUUCCCCGAGUGAAGAUGGGCGAGUCAGUCGACGACUUCUUCGCAAAGCUCGAAGCUAAGGCUGCCUCCGGUACGGAAUUCGCUACCUGGUAUGGUGAACUCUACUUCGAGCUGCAUCGAGGCACAUACACAACACAGGCAAACAACAAGCGCAAUAACCGCAAGUCUGAAUUCCUUCUGCGUGAAAUUGAGCUUCUUGCUACCUUCGCUACUCUACAAACCGCUGGGAAAUAUAAGUACCCUAAGAAGGAAAUUGAUCAAAUGUGGGAAGGGACUCUCCUGUGUCAAUUCCAUGAUUGCUUGCCAGGAAGCUCCAUCGAGAUGUGCUAUGAUGACUCGGACAAGCUGUAUGCCGAAAUCUUUGAGAUCGGUACCAAGCUACGACGCAAUGCCCUCGAGGCUUUGGGGAUCACAAGCCGAGGCGCUGAUGAUAGCCUUGUUGCACUCAACACCUUGCCGUGGCCUCGAUCUGAGAUCGUCCGCAUGCCUUCAACUCGGUCUGCUUCACCUGCGCCCAGAUAUUUCAUAGCGGAUGGAGCGACUGGGGUGAUGCAAUGUCGCCAGGUUGACUUUAAGACCACUCAGGCAGUUACCGUAUCCGAGGUACAGUCUGGUGUCUUCCGUCUUGAUAAUGGCAAGCUCAGAGUCGAUGUUGAGAAUGGAGUCAUUACAUCUCUGUACGAUGCGGAUGCCGAUAGAGAGGUCGUUGCGAAAGGCCGCAAGGCGGGACAACUGGUCAUCUUCGAUGAUAAGCCUCUCUACUGGCAAGCCUGGGAUGUUGAAGUCUUCCAUCUCGAGUCUCGGAAGGAGCUUCCUAGCGGCAAGACCACGAUCCUGGAGAAUGAUCCUCACCGCGUGAGUGUUCAGACUUUGACAAAGAUCAGUGACAAGAGUUGGAUCAAGACCACAAUCAGUUUGUCGGCAUCUACAUCCAAUGAGCCAUCGUAUGUUGAUUUAGAGAGCGAGGUUGAAUGGCAGGAGACUAUGAAAUUCCUCAAGGUUGAGUUCCCUGUUGAUAUCGUCAACACCGAAGCAUCCUACGAAACGCAAUAUGGUAUCAUCAAGCGUCCAACCCACUACAACACAAGCUGGGACAUGGCCAAAUUCGAAGUCUGCUGCCACAAAUGGGCAGACCUCUCGGAGAAUGGAUACGGAGUCUCAAUUCUAAACGACUCCAAGUAUGGCUUUGCGACAUGUGGUAAUCUCAUGCGUCUCUCACUCCUGCGCGCUCCGAAGGCUCCCGAUGCCCACGCGGAUAUGGGCCGCCACAACAUUCGCUAUGCCAUCCUUCCUCACUCCGGCCCUCUUGAUGACCGGACCGUUCGUGCUGGAUACAACUUCAACAACCCUCUUGUUGCUGAAAAGGCCGGCCCGAAGGCAGUGGCUUCUAAUGCUUUGUUCAAGGCCUUGGCUAUUAAGGGUGCACCAUCUUUGAUCCUCGAUGUCAUCAAGCGCGGCGAGGAUGAUGUUGAUGUUUCAUACGACGGGGUUGCGACUCGUCCUGGCAGAAGUGUCAUUCUCCGAAUCUAUGAGUCCUUAGGUGGCAAGGCUCGUGGCUCUAUCGAGACCUCUCUACCAGUCAAAAAGGCUUUCAAGUGCAACAUUCUUGAAGACGAUGAGCAUCCUGACCUCGACAUUAAGUCUACUGAUGGCGGUUCGUCCAUCAAGAUUGAAUUGAGGGCUUUCGAGGUCGCUACUUUCCGACUGCAACUGUGA